UGAAACCGUGCGUUCGACCAUUCGGGCAUGCUGUAUUGUUAUUGUCGUAUAUAUACAGGUCCGACGGAUGUGCGGCUCAGUUUUAACGAGUGUCCCAUCAAUUGGGAAGACAUGGCGACGUCUGAACGGGAAGGAAGCGGGGCAGAUCUCAAACAAGACGCCAUUGAAAGUAAUAUGGACGAGAAACAAGAUGAAAAAACUCAUGAUGAUGGCACCAAGCCCGAAGGUCAUAUGCAACAGACUUGCCUUAAAACAGUAUUCGUGAUCUUAGGCAUAAUUGGAGGGAUAGCAGCUGUAGCACUUAUAGUUUUAGCGAUAUUGACAUCAAUAGCAACGAAGGCGUAUGAUGCUGAGCAGUCCAGCAGGAUGGUAGCCAUGGUGUUCAUGGCAGUGCUAGCAGCAUUCACCAUCUGCACCAUCAUCUACGGAGAAGUCGCUGUCUUCAAAAAACAGGCCAGAUCUAUAAAUGUGGCAGCUGUGGUGCUACUACUUCUGGCAAUAGUUCAGGCACUGAUUGCUGGCAUAUCUGUGAAUGUGGAACCAGCUGAUGAGGCCAAGCUCCUCAAGUCACUGACGGACUCCUUCAAGCAAUCGCGGGAAGAAAACCCGAGGCAUGUGAAGAUGUGGGCGAUGACACAGUCAGAUUUGAAUUGUUGCGGGGUCUACGGUCCUGAAGACUAUCGGAGCUCGAGGCUGCCAUACUACUUUCCGCCGAACGUGCCAAUCUCUUGCUGUCCCACCUACGACUCCUCUAGGUCUGAUCUCGUGCAAGAAAGAGACAGAGAACUCUGCAAAGUAAAGAAGUCUUACUACACUGAAGGCUGCAAGGACCUUGUGCUCAUGGUAUUUAAGGAGACUUCAUCGAUGGUGUUCAGUGUGUCAGUUUUACUUAUAGUAGUUGAGGUCCUGCUAAUUAUAAUUGGUGCAGUAUUAUGCAGAAGAAACACAAAACAAUAAACAAAGUAAUUAUUCUUUACUGUAAUACCUAAAGAUAAGAAUGUAUGAAGCACGACUGUAUGAAAUUGUUUAAGAAUGCUUCUUUAAACAAAUGCUGUGUUUUUUCUACACACAUAAGAUAUUACUAUUUUCUUUUAAAUGGAAUACUGUUCCAUUAUCAAAUAUUAAUAUUAUCAAGGCUUAACCGCCCCGAUGUCACAUUAGGAACCAGUUGUGACAGACACAAACUAGAUGGCGUUAAAUAAAAUAAAAGUGAAACAACGAAAUAUAUAAUAGUUAAUUGAUAUUUAUUAUAAAAAAUAUACAAAAUAAAAGUGAAUUGAUAUUUAGUUUUAUAUUUUAAAUUAACAGGCUAAAUAAAAAAGUCGGAGUCAUUAUUUAUUUUUUCUUGUAUUCUAUUUAUCUUUUGUAAAUAGUGUGGUGUAACAAUAUAAAUCUGAAUAGUAUGUUUUUAUACUCAAUUCAUGUGAUUGCAUGCGUAAAUAUGAAUUUAGGGUGUAUUCUAAGUUAUUUUGAUUAAAAAAUAAUUUGAUAGAUAGUACCUAUUGCAAUGGGGAAAUUAUAUCAAUAAACAACGAUGAUUAAAAAUCA